AUGGUUCCUUCUCCAAAGGUACCCACCUCGAUCGUAACCCUCGGACCCACUGCUACAGUAUUUACUGUGCCACCAGCGGUACCACCUUCGGCAUAUCUGACACCUCCUCCAGAAGUGCCUACUGCGUACCGGGCACCACCGCCACUUGUGCCUGCUACUGCAUACCCGGCACCCGCACCAGCAGUACCAAUUACUCCUUAUCCGGUGCCACCACCUACCGUACCUCCAGCCACUCCUACCUAUAUUGACCCUGCAGUGCCACCAACGGUACCUGCCCCGACUUAUGUAGCAGCACCAGGAGUACCUUCUCCGGCCUAUCCAGCGGUACCACUUGUACUACCAGCUCCAAUGGUUCCACCAGUUCACACGGCGAUAUCUACUCACCCUACUGAUAUAAUUAUGGCACGAGCUCGGAUUCCAUCUUUGGUAGAGUCGGUGAAAAGUCGAUUCACACUCUUCCGCGGGGAGAUUGAUCCGAACGUGGCUCAGUCUUGGAUAGAGACUAUGGAAUGA